AUGGCGACCGGGAAGCUGCAGUUCUUCUGGAGCCCGCUGGCGCUGCUGACGCUGGCGCUGGCGCUGGGCCAGACUAUCGACCAGUCCUUGCCUUUCGAAACCGUGCAGAACUGCACAAAGAAACAGUAUUUCGAUAUUUCCCGAAUGAUAUGCACGCCCUGUGGGGCCAACCAGCAGACAAGCAGGGAUGGUACAUCAUGUUUGUGUCUGCCUGGUUACAAAUUAAUUUCUAACACUGGUGGUCCUUCCAUUAAAUGUAAAAAAUGUCCUGCUAUAUAUUCAGUGGUCACCCAAGAUGGAUGGAGCUGUAUUAGAUGUCCUCCUGGUGCCAAUAUAGAUAAUCAGGGAAAAUGUCAGUGUCCAACGGGUUACAUUCUGGUGGAAAGACAAAUUAAUGGAGCACCAUUAACUGAAGCACGAUGUGAGCCUUGCAAUACUUCUAACCCGAUUUUCUCAACGCCAGACCCUUCUGCAAAACAGUACGUAAUCAUUAUCAACAUUUUAUUUUUGCAUAUAAAUAAUGCAAAUCUUUAUCUGAAAUAUAAGUUUAAUAUGUUUUAUUAUAAAUAUUAUGGCUUGAAAAUUAACGGAUAUGUCAUGACUGUGAAAGAAUAUAUUGGAAGUAAAUGGCCAACUGUUGAUGUUACUGAAAAGGUGGUUGACUGCAUCAGAUGUCAUGAAACAUUCAUCAAAACCACAAAAUCUUGUGACUGCCAGUCGAAUAUUUUGACAGGAGGUUUAUGCUUUUUUGCUUAUCCAAAGACCUUGACCAUCUCAGUUGUUACAAACAUUAUCUAUGCAAAAGUGGAUGUAAAAGAUCCCAUGCACAACUUUGAUGAAGAGAAGAGUAGUUAUCCUCAGUGUUCUGGCCAAUAUUUUGCAAUCAACGUGACUAAAACAGAUUAUCUGAAUUUAAAGGUGUCGUCUGCUUGGUUUGCCAGCCAUUUGAAAGCAUCAGCUAUUGCAUGUUGGAGAUUUGCAAAUCUUACUGCCUGCCAGGCUCUAGGGAACAUGUGUGUCAUGACCAUGAAUUCAAUGAACUUCGCAGGACAACCUAAUGAUGCUUGUGGACUUUAUCGAACCAUAUUUAAAAAGACUAUAAACCUUGGAAUUACCCAUUCAAUAUCCUCUUGGCGAAAGACUCUGCCCUGGUUGUACUAUGAUAGCCAUAUUGAUGGUUUACCAUCAAGAACUCUUCGUCGAGAGCCAUUUCCAACAGUAUUUCAUUUUAAGUCAUUUCAACGUAUGAAACUACAGUUUGUUAUUGCCAAAUAUGAUGCACGAGGUUAUUUUCUUAAUUGGGAGAAAGUAACUGGAGGUACUCUACAGUUGUGCCCAGAUACCAUGACUAAGCUGAAUGCUGCUUAUAUUUUUGGAAUCACAUAUCAGCAACAAUGUACACUUUCUGUUUCCAAACUUUUAGCUAAGUAUGGUGACAUUCAGUUUUAUGACGUGUAUAUGCUUUACAAGGGGAAAAAUGGCGAGGAUCAACUGCAUCCAAUUGCAGUUCGUAACUUAAACCUUCAACUUAAUGGAAAGUUUGUAAAUCAAGAUAAUACAAUAAAUAAUUGGUAUUUAACUAGACGUAUUUUCUUAGUGGAUACUUUAACUGGACGUGAAAUGAAUCUGAAUAACCAGCCAAAAGUGAUUAGAGUUGCUAGCGACAUAAAAAUCAGGGUCACCCUUGAGCCUAAUUCCCUACAAGGAAAGAUCCUCCCUCCUACUCUGAUUGUCUCCUACACGAAUAUUAGGAUCCAAAAUCCAGAUCAACAAUCUAUUCUAGUAUCGUUUUCAGUUGAAUAUGAAAUGGACUUGUCUACAGCUUAUCAGAACGCAGAAAUUGCACUGGGUUUCCUCUGUGGCUUAUCAGCGAUAUAUUCCAUGUUGAAGACAGCCAGUUGGAAAAGACGAAUUGGGUCUCAAAUGACUGACAUUUCAACAAUCUUGAAGUUCUUGCUGUUUUAUGCUGGAGACUUGGCAAAUGCCUUCUUUGUUGUGACAUUUGGAACAGGUUUUUACUGGCUUACGUUCUUCAAGGGUCAGCGAAUUGUUUCUGUUCUUCUGCCCACACCCAGCCAAGAGAUGUUUUUUACUUUGUGUGUGGUUAGUGCAUUUGCUCUGAAGCUUCUUCAGCUUUUACAUAAACUGGGAACCCAGUUAACUGUGGACAUCUUUUUUAUUGACUGGGAAAGACCCAAGGGCAAAAUUGUCAAGUCAAUUGUAGGUGGAGGUGAUAUAAAGACAUCCCCAGCUCCUGUGAGCAUCUGGAGGACAUACUUUGUAGCAAAUGAAUGGAAUAAAAUCCAGACUAUCAGAAAAAUUAAUCCUAUUUUUCAAAUUAUUGUUGUUCUUUUCUUUUUGGAAGUUGUUGGUUUUGCAAAUCUGACUUCACGUACUCCUUAUUCUAACUUAAAAAGAACUGCUGAGAGUGAUGUUGUCCCAUCAAGCCGUAUUCUAAGAUUCAGCGUGGCUAGUAGUAUUUGGCUGAUGGUUGGUAUUAUCCAGGUUGUUUUCUGCACAAGUAUUUAUGAACGAUUUGUGGAAGACAGAAUAAGUCAGUUUAUUGAUGUUUGUUCAAUAAGUAAUAUUUCGGUUAUGAUUUUCUCACACAGAUGUUUUGGAUACUACAUCCAUGGGAGGUCUGUACAUGGUCAUGCAGACACCAACAUGGAAGAAAUGAACCUUAAUCUAAAGAGAGAGGCGGAAAACCUGUGUGGUCAAAGAGGCUUGAUUCCCAACACUGAAACUGAGACAUUUCAGGUAUGCAUCACAAACAAGAUCAGAGAGCAAUAUGACAAGAUUCGAAAGCCAAUACAUUGGUCAAGUGAAUCUGACCGGCUCUUGAAUCCUUCCGAUGGCUCCUUUGAACGUAGAAUAAAGGCUUAUAAUACCACGAAUAAAUUUCUUGGCUCAUUCAUUGAUCAUGCAAUUCGUGACAUGGAUUACAUUGUACAGGAUAAACUAUUAUUGGAACGAUUAUUUGGAAUGGAGCUGCACGAGCCUAUAGACAAGUCCAUUUUUUACAAUGAUGAAAACUUAACAUUCACUGAUGUUCUGUACUAUGGCAACGAAAGCACGCUUCUUAUCUUUGAUACGCUGUUCUUCUGUAUUGUAGACAUUGCUGCUGAAAAUUUUAUUUUAGCUGCUUUUCUAACUUACAUACAACAAAAGGUUAUUCAGUUCAUCCGUCUUGCAGUAGGCCGCAAGAACUUGGCCGCAAAAACACUGGUUGAUGAAAGAUUCCUCCUGUAA